GAAAGCUGCCUCCCACAGGCUUGGAAGUGGACAGUGCUCUAACAGACAGACAGAGGACACAAGGGUAGUAUACCAUAGAAGAAAAAGAAAACAGAAAAUGAUUUUGUUAAGAAUGGUAAAAAAGAGGGAGCAAAGAAUGAGAAAAGAGUGAUAAAGAGAGCUGUUAAAAAAGGUCCUGUGUGCUGUGUGAAAACCCUCGUAAACAUUCAGCCAGUUUGUCUGUUUCUUUAGCCUGUCAUUACUGGUUGUGGACAAUCCCAGGAAGUGAGUUUCUACACUAAAACCACUACAUUGUUGACAGAAUAUCACUGUGGUGAAUCUGUCUGUGAAUUCGAAAUCACUACUAUCAUUAACUAACAUAGAUAAUCAACAAAACUAGCCUCAUCAUGGCCCCUAAGAAGAAGGCACCUCGCCCCAAAAAGACAACUCCAGAACCAGUACAGUUGGAGAGUGGUGUAGUGAUCCCAGAAAUAGGGGUGAAAAAACUAGAAUUGCCUUUCAGCAUCGAGCAGCUAAAUCAUCUCAAUGGAAUGACCCUGCCACCAGUGAUCCGGCCUGGAGAGAGGGGUUUUGGUCUGGGUGGUGAAAUGACCCGACCACUACACGGAUCUGCUCUUCUAGAGGAGUUGAGUCGUAUGAGACAGGAACGCUUCCUCACUGACCUGGAGCUGGCUUGCAAGACUAAGGCCUUUGAUGUCCACAAGCUGGUCAUGUCCUCUGUCAGCCAGUAUUUGCGUGAAGUUCUAGCUAAAGACCCAAGCCUCAAGCGCUUGGAGUUACCUACCAUUUCACCCUUAGGUCUAGCCAAUGUGAUCACCUUUGCUUAUCUUGGCCGUGUGCACAUGUCUCUCUACACUAUUGCCUGCACUGUAUCUGCGGCCUGCACACUGCAAAUCCCCCAUCUCCUCCAGAUGUGCAUGGACUUCCUGAUGGCUGAGUUAAACGUGCACACUUGUGUUUAUGUGUGGAACAUUGGAUCUGCUUACGGUCUGGUCCCUGUGCGUGAUUCCGCACGCCGCUUUGUGCUGGAAAACUUUGCCCAGUUUGCAGAGACACCCCAGUUUACUCAGCUAACCCUAGAACAGAUCAUUGCUUUUCUGCAGGAUGACAAACUUAUCCUGCCUUCAGAGGUCACUGCCUUCCAGGUGGCCAUGAAGUGGUUGGACUUUGAUCCAAAAAGGCAGGUUCAUGCUUAUGACCUACUGUCUCAUGUGCGGUUCGAGACUAUCCCCGCCAGCGAGCUGGUCAGAGAGAUUCAGCCUGUUGCUCGCAUGAUGCAGGAUCCUCAGUGCCACCGUCUGCUGGUGGAUGCCAUGAACUACCAUCUGCUACCGUACCAGCAGAACGCUCUACAGUCCAGCCGUGCAAAGGUCCGAGGCAGCCAGACUGUUCUACUAACGAUUGGUGGACGCCCCUCCCUUACAGAGCGUGCACUGAGUCGAGAAGUGCUAUGGAGAGACCCUCGUGAUGGAGUUGCUACAUGGCGCCAUCUUUCUCAACUUCCUGCAAAGAGCUUUAACCAGUGUGUUGCUGUGAUGGAUGGUUUCCUAUAUGUGGCAGGUGGAGAGGACCAGAACGAUGCGCGAAACCAGGCCAAACAUGCUGUCAGCACUCUGUGCAGAUAUGACCCUCGCUUUAACACAUGGCUGCACCUGAGUAGCAUGCGCCAGCGGCGCACUCACUUUAGCCUUGUUGCCACAAAUGGGCGCCUUUAUGCAAUUGGUGGCCGUAACACUGAUGGUUUGUUGGCCACCACUGAGAGCUACCUGCCCUCCACCAACAGCUGGCAGCUCCGUGCUCCCAUGGACAUGCCACGCUGUUGCCAUGCCAGUGCUGUCCUACCGUCUGGAGACAUCCUAGUGACUGGUGGCUAUGUCAAUUGUGCUUACUCUUGCUCUGUGGCCUCCUACAUUGUGCAGAGUGACUCCUGGAGUGAGCAAGCACAGUUGGAGAUGCCACGUGGCUGGCACUGCUCCACCACACUGGGUGGUAAAGUUUAUGUGGUGGGUGGCAGCAGGCUGGGCCCUAGUGGAGAGCGAGUGGAUGUGCUAAUCACCGAGGUGUUCUCACCUGAAAACGGCCAGUGGAGCAGGGCUGCCUCCCUGCCCUUGGGAGUAAGCACAGCUGGUCUUGCUUCCCUUGGUGACAAGCUAUACCUUGUGGGUGGAUGGAACGAAGCUGAGAAGCGUUACAAAGCAGCAGUGCAGCGCUAUGACCCAGGUACCGACAGUUGGUCGUCUGGAGAAGAGCUGCCAGAACCCACAGUGGGUGUGUCCUGCUGUGCACUGGCACUACCCCCACGCCACACUUCACGCAAGCAUCGUAACACCCCCAACCAUGAGGAACAGGGUUUCAUGACUGCAUGAGAAAGGAAGUGAGGGAGGAAAGAAUGAGGCCAAGAUUGUGAGGUGAGAGAAAGUGAAUAGAGAAAGGGUGGACAGUUACUAGACAGUGAGGAUUCAACAAGUAAAGGAAGGAGAUGGCAUGGAGGCACUCCCUUUUGCUAAGGCAGCAUUAUGUUUCAAGCUGUGAAGGACAUAUAAAGUCAAAACAGAGGGCUCACUUAUUAAUAUGAAAAAGCCUGGGCCAAUAAAAAAUGAGUACGUGGGUUAACUAUAAAUGUAACAACAAAAUCUAUUCAUCUUAGUAUAUCUAGUACAUAUUUAUUGAAUCCUAAUUAUUUUGAAAAUUGAUCAUACCAAGACUACAAAUCAUACCAAGGACUAAAAAUAAGAAAAUUCAUUCAUAUUAUCUGGGUCAUGGUCAUGGUGAAUCCAGAGUUUAUCCUGGGAACACUGGGCACAUGGUGGGAAUACACCCUGAAUGGGACUCUAAUCUAUCACACGGUACCAUUCACACACAGUACUAACUCAUUUUUAUUUAUUUAGAUGUAUACAUGCAACCCCAAAGAUUCCCAUCUUGUAGAUUUAUUCAGUGAAUGGACACUGUUCCCUCAGAUAUGUUAAGAUAACACUGAGCUUAUAGGACAUCAGUAAUUCCCUAAACUAUAAAAACUGCUAAAAACUAUAGAAAAAAAAAAAGCUAAAAAAUGUAAAAGCCAGAUAUUUCAGAUAAGUCAGUCAACCCCAACCUGGUAAAAAUGAAAAACCAGUAUAUUCAGUACCAUAUAUUCAGAACCAGUCAGGUUUUUUUUUUUUAGAUUUGAAUAUCAAUAUAUAGUUUUUCUAUUAAAUAAAUAUACAAUAUCUGAGUUUAACUGGUAUUAAUAAUAAUAAAUUUAAAAAAUCUAUGAAACCUUACUAAACUAAUACAAUGUCAUCUAUAUUUUGUUCAUGAGUAUGCAAACCAUUGCAUAAGACCCUAGCUAAUAGUUUGCAAUUAUGAGCCAUAUAUUAAAAAUAUAAUUUCCACUUGUCUGGCUAACAUGUAUCUACAUUUCUGGUACCAUCACCUUCUCCCGAGGCCAUUCCACUGUAUACAAAACCCUAAGCGUGCCAGUGAACGUCCUAGUGAGAAAACACUGCUCCAGAGAGAAUUUUGAAACGAAUAAAUAAAAGAAAAUGAAAUGUCACUGAUAACAUGGAUAGUUUUACUUACAAUGUUCCCUUUAUGGUCACCAACCGAUUAAGGCUUCUGCUUUGUGUUGAAUGUUGACAAUGUAGGUGUUGCAAAUGGCACAUGGUGCAGAGGGCACUAAUUCUCUAGGAUAGGAUUUCACUUGAAUAAAGACAAAAUGAUCAAAGUA